GGACAGUAAAACCCUCUCUAAACCCUCACAUAUUUCUCAAUACGUGUGGCUGUCAAAACACAGAGGUUGCUGUACGAGUCAAGUAGGGUUUCAGAGAGAGAGAGAGAGAGAGAGAGAGAGAGAGAGCGCGAUGGUGAAUAAAAGAGUACAUUAAACUAAAUUAAAAGGGGCUUAAUCGGAGUCCCUAUGCUUCGGACUCCUCACAAUCUUGCUCGUGAAGAACUUGCUUCUUGCCUCCCUCUUGUCCUGCUGUCAUAUCACAAGUGCAAGAGUAGCCACAGCAUUGGUGUGCUCUUUAGAUAUACUGGCAAUUGUAGGAACUACAGUGUCCAAAUUCCAAAUCAUUCCUAUGGAAAAAUUUUGAGGCAAUCUGGUCGCCCUCUAAAAUUUGCAACAGGUGAAACCAAUUCUAUUCUUCAAUCAAGUGGUCUUCAGCACUGGUUCAAAAAUUGGCAAGAACUCAGGAAACAUAAAUUGACGGCAAGCACUUUUGCUGGGGCUAUUGGUUUUUGGCCUCGACGAAGAGCCCAACUAUGGUUAGAGAAAAUUGGGGCAAUUGAGCCAUUUUCAGGCAACCUGGCUACCUGUUGGAGUAAUAUUAAAGAAGAGGAAGCACUUGAAAGAUACAAGCUUAUAACGGGAAACACUGUUUUGUUUCCUGAAUUUCAGGUUUAUGGUGAGAGGGACCCAAAAGAUGAUUGGCUAGCAGGUUCACCAGAUGGUGUAGUUGAGAGGCUAGUUUAUGGGCUGCCUUCACGAGGAGUGCUGGAGAUAAAGUGUCCAUUUUUCAAUGGAGAUAUGAGCAAAGCUGUCCCCUGGUCACGAGUCCCCCUUUACUGCAUUCCACAAGCUCAGGGUUUAAUGGAAAUAAUGGACAGGGAUUGGAUGGAUUUCUAUGUUUGGACUCCUAAAGGGAGUAGUCUAUUCCGAUUAUAUAGAGAUGUAGAGUACUGGCAUGUGUUAAAAAUAGCACUCUCUGAUUUUUGGUGGAAUCAUGUCCAGCCAGCCAGGGAGUUGUGUAGAAAAUCUGUGAUCACGGAUCCCCUGUAUCAAUUACGAACAAUCAGGCCAGCACCAAGACAUGAAUUAUGCAGUUAUAUUGUUUAUGAAAGCAGGCGCGUUGUUAAUGACUCCAACUUGUUGAUGCGUGAAAUUUAUGGAAAACUGCAAAACUGAUGCAUUUGAAUGUCCACAUUUUGGGUCUUUGAACUUUUGUGGCUUAAGCAGAUGGGGUUCAAUAACAAGUGAUUGGAAUAUUGUUUACAUGACUUGUUGGAGUCGUUGAAAUAAAUUUUCACAGGAACUGUCACCUGUACAAUACAGAAGAAAAUACAUUGCUAGCGGAGGCAGAAAUUCUGUUAAUCAAGAUAUAAUCAGAUCUUUUUAUUGAAAGAGAAUGCAGAAGUACAGUCCUUGAUAUUACUACAACAGGAUGAAUAUAUUUCCCUUUAUAUAGGAUCUGUAUGAUAGAUAACAAAUGGGGAGACACAGUGGUGAUCUGAAAGUUCAGAACUUUGUCAGUUACAUCAUUGGCUACACUCUGAGGUGCUGAAUACAUGCCUUUUGACUGCUGCAUUAUGUAGAUGUUGUGGGGCACCAAUUGAUCAUUUGAAUUUCAAUUGCAGACCAUGUAUCCAGAUCCUCAUAGCAGUCACCAGUGACUCUGAAGUGUAAGUUGGCAUUAACUGGUUAAUGUCAUUGUCAUGGAGUGAGAUAUUAGAAGUUGCUUUUGGCAAAAGAGAGGGGACUUCUGAAGAAUGAAUUUUUUUUUUGUUGUUGAAAAGAUUAAGGAAAAUAAGAAAGACGAAAGAGUUGAGAUUAUGAUCAAAAGUUGCAAAGCUACAUUGGAAAUGUUUCACGUAGCUAUAUAUGAUGGUGGAAACUGUGCGAGAAUGACUUUGCCUCCUAGAAAAGGAGAGUUGUUAAAGAGCGAGCAGUGAUGUGUCUCCUGUAGUUUUCAGAUACACAGUUAAUAAUAUUUUACAACAAUCUUCCACUGCUUAAUCAGUUGCAGAGGAACUGCUUUGAUGCUGAGUUUACUGGUCCUCUUUCAAAUGAAUCCUCUCAAAUCACCGGGGCCAAAUGGCUUUUUUCUGCCAUCCUUUAUCAGAGAAUGCCAAGCAUCACAGAGAUGCUGAGCAGAUUUCUCAUUAUACUGAAUGUGACUUGUUUGCUGAAUUAUUAUCAGAAUUAAGGACUCCUAUGCCUUGGAAGUUGGAUAGUGCUGGCAAACAAUGAUUUUGGUGGGUGCUGCUGGAAACAGGAAGACUAAAUGAAUAGGAUCUGCGUUCAUCUGUAAAUAUAAAAUUAGGAACAGAAUACAAGCAGGAUGUUUCUGUUGGGAAUGCCAAACAAAAACUACUGCAAUUUUGUUAGCUUCCUGAGAGCCCUCUACAUACUGGUAAAUAGAGAUUUGAAGAUCUUAAAUUAGACUAGUAGUGAGCUGUUCUGCAAGCAACCGUUGAAAAAUAAAGUCAAUCACUGGAAAGAGGUCGCAUUGUUGAAGGGCAUUCAUUGUCUUGGCAGUAUGUGCCAGUUCUUUGCUAACAAGAUUGACAAGCCGUUCCAGCUGGAAUUUAUGAUAGUGAGAAAAAAGCUUCGAAAUCUUUUCUAGAAUAGCCUGGCCAUGACUAUCUCUGCUUUUGUAUCCUGUUUUAGUUUGGGUCUUAGCCCUUCUUUUGCUUAUGGCUGUACCUUUCAUUGUAUUGGUGAAGUAUUAUGGAAGUUGGAGUCGGUAAUUGUUUAUUUUCUGCAUAGGUGGAAUGGUGAAGUACUUUUCCUUGACUUAUUAUUAACCAUGGACAGUGUUAUUACUGCAUCUCAUGUGUAACUGAAGGAAGCUAUUUAUAAAGAAUAAAGUAUGUAAUUUCUGAGUUUGACCUACUGGCGUUGUUCUUCAGAGAGACGGUACUUGCCUUUCAUUCUUGUUGCAAGACUAGGAGGCUAAACAACUAACUAAAUAAAGAAACCAUAAUGUGGUUCUUUCCCUUAGUAAGAAAUCAUAUAUUAAUUUUCCGUUUCCCAGAGGCAUGAAAUUGGAACUUGUAAGAUAAUUUGUAUUUGUAUGA